GAAAGCCGGGGUGAUCAGGGAACACUGCAGCACGACCAGAGGCCACCCUCCUUCCCACGCAGGCGCACUUCUCUCCGGGUCCUGACCCAGGAGGGCCAGAGCAGCUCGGGUCUGCCACCCUCAGCUGCCUGAUGGACACUAGGGAUAAGUUUCUUACCCGUAGGUUAGAACUGACCAGUCUCCGGGAGGAGGAAGCUCUAAUGUAUUUGGAAAAACAUCGGGUCUUGGACUUGCUGGUCAACCUCACCAGCAGCCUCAUCUUUUAUCAACCAGAAAAACCAAGAGAUUUUUUGCUCAAUAUGUUAGCAAGAAUUAAGAUUGCGAAAAUAACUGCUGUAGACUUUCCUUGUCUCAUGGAUGACUCUAACUUAGUUUCUAUGUUUGAAAUAAUGGACCCUACAAAUCAAGGUUUUAUAACUCCUGUUCAGUACAGAGAAGCCCUAAAGAACCUUGGUCUGCUGGAUCCAGAUGAAGUAAUAGAUGAAGAUAAAGAAGUUAUCACUAGGGAUGAUUUCAGGGAUGAUGUGAAUAAGAGGACCUUGAAGAUGUGGUCAGCUUUUUAAUGCCCUGGAUCUAGGACAAAAUAAAUGGUUCCUAAAGUUUAUGGUUAUCUAGUUCAGAUGCUAACCACAUUUCUCUCUAAAGAUUAGUGUUUUCCCUAUAAUAUGUUAAAUUAAAUGAAUUAAACAUGUUACAUUAAAUGACUUAAAUUGUUACAGUAAAAAUUUUAUUUCUGUAUCGGAUUUCGUCUUUAACCUAGACCUCAGAUAAGGGGAUAGGAAGGAUGACAAGGGAAUCCUCUCUCCAUCACCUAAUGUAAUUCUUUUGGGGAAACGUUUACUUUAUUGCUGUACUAUUUUUGUUUUGGGGCAAAUACUUGUAUCUUUCUAUUCCUGAUUUACUUCGGGCCCUGCUGCAAUGUGGAAGAUGAGCAAAGUCUAAGACUCUACAGAUAAGCACAUGCAUUUACAUUAAGAUACAGCCAGGCUAUUA